CUCUCUCUCUCUCUUCUCCUAAUUUCUCUUUUUUUGCCUUAUAAGUUUUGUGGAUGUUGGCCAGACUUUUGUUGUGAAUUAGCUGAGGGGAAAAAGAAAUAGAAAAAAAGUUUUUUUUUUUUUUUUUUUUCACAUAAUAUUACUCUCUCGCGCUGAGAAAUUAGACAUGGGCAGGAAGUGCUCGCAUUGUGGGAAAAUGGGUCACAACUCAAGGACCUGCAACUCCCGCAGACGACUUGUUUCCGGAUGUCGUUUUAGGCUCUUCGGAGUCCAGCUUGAUCAGUAUUACCCAUCUUCUUCCUCUUCUUCUCCUUCAUCUUCUCAAAUAUCGUCGUUUUCUAAUCAUGCCAUGAACACGAAGAAGAGCUUAAGCAUAGACUGCUUGUCAUCAUCUUCUACACCGUCGUCUUCUUCGUCUUCUCGCAUAAGUAAUAGUACUACUAGUCAUAGUACUGUGCAUCAUGAAGAAAUCUCUGAUCAUAAACUACUCUCUAAUGGUUACCUUUCCGAUGGCUUCAUAGCAGGAGCCCAAGAGAGAAAGAAAGGCGUGCCGUGGAGUGACGAAGAGCACAGGAUCUUCUUAAUUGGGCUUGAAAAACUUGGAAAGGGAGACUGGAGAGGCAUCUCUAGGAACUUUGUGACCACCAGAACUCCAACACAAGUCGCCAGCCAUGCACAGAAGUACUUCCUGCGUCAGAACACUCUCAACAAAAGAAAACGCCGUUCCAGCCUUUUUGAUGUGGUAACAGACCAACUCUCACUUCAAGUGGUGAAUAAUGUGAACAUCUCAAACCCAAUUAUUGAACCCUCUACUAUUGGUAUUGCUCCAUUUGGGUUUUCAGCAAAGGCAAAUACUGCAGGCCCUACUAGCCUGCUUGAUGUCAACUGCUCCACCAGUUUGGAUGCUAGAAAAUUUGGCCAUAUUUCCGAGUGGCCAAUGUCGAUCCAUCAGUAUCGCCGAGCGCCUCUGUUUAAUGCCGAAUCGCUCCAUUCCCACCAGCCUACUUCUUCAUCAAAUACAACCAAGGGAGCUCCUGAUUUAGAACUUACACUUUGCAGCUCCAAUGGCGCCGUUAGGGCAACAAAGUAAUCCACGUGGCUGAGGUCUUCUAUUUGCACCUCUUAGUGUGACAUGAAGUUUUCUCUAGCUUUAUUGCAUAUUCCACGCAUGCAUAUUAUAAUGUUAGAGUCAGGGGGAGGGUUCAGUUUGAGAAGAGUACUAACCUAAUAUUGUCUCCAGGAUUAAGCUUGUUUUGAAGAAGAGAGAAAGAUAACCAAGGAAUGAUCACAACUUGUUUUUAGAGUAUUGGCCACUGGAUAUAUAAUAUGUUGCACAUUUAAUAAUUCCUUAGUCCUUACCGACGUUGUUUCAUGAAGCCUACAAUAUUCGAUCCAGGAAAUUAUUGUGCUGAAUGGUAACUUCUUUUUGUUUAAAUUUUA